UAAACAUCGUUUUCGGUUCCAGCUCUAGACGAAAGGCACAGCGGUGAUAAAAGAGAAAAAUUGAAGUUUAAAUGCAAUUUUUUGGAUUUAAACUGCAUCUGGAAUGCACUUCGCAAUAAGGACCGUGCCAACAACCGUUUUCCGAACUGCGCGAACGGGUAAAACCAGCGCCAAGACGAGAAAACAGGCUGAAAUGUAGAUGCCCACGAGCAACCGCCGCAACAGCAAUAACAAAAGCAAAAGUGAAAUUAGCGCCGCCAGAGAAGUGCAAGUGGCCAAACAAACGGCGGCGCCAUGGAGAACCUAAAGAUAAGCGAGAAACUGUUCGAGGAUGUGAUAUACUUUGUGCUGGGAAACCUGGACGAAGAGAUCGAGCGCUUCCUCAAAAGCGGUGGCGCCCAAUCGAAACUGUUCCUAUCGGAUCAGAUCACGCAUAUGAUAUGCGCCACCAACUACAACGAGGAGGAGUUGUCCAUGAACCUGGACCUGUACAGUGCAAUUCCCGUGACAGAGCAAUGGAUCGUGCACAGCGCCAAACUGGGACGAAUGGCCUCGACGCGAGCCUUCGAUCCGAGUCCCAAUCAGCUGCGACUCAUGCGGGGCAUUCGGGUGGCCAUCACCAAUGUGGUGGCCGGUGAUCGGAGGCGGCUCUACGCCAUGCUGACCUACCAUGGUGCCGUCGUCACGCACAGCUUUGGGGCAACCAAUACGCAUCUGGUAUGCGGAGCUGCCAACGGUGGUAUCUACAACAAGGCGCUGGCGCUGCCCAAGAAUGCCAUCAUAAUCGUCACCCCUGACUGGGUGACCGACAGCCUCAAGUACAAGAAUUGCAUGCCAGUGGAGACGUAUCAUCCGAGACUACUGAAGCCCAGUGAAAAGCAGAGAACGCAGAAACAGCAUACCACGCAACAGCAACAGAUCCAGCAACAACAAUUGCAGCACCAACAACAGCUACAGCAACAACAGCAGCAGCAACAACAACAGCAGCAGCAACAACAGCAGCAACAACAACAGCAGCAGCAACAACAACAACAGAUUAUACAGCAGCAGACCACUGUUUCAGCUACAUCCACACUGUCGGACAUCCUUGGAUUUGGCGAGGACAGCGCAGCUGCCAAAAGUAUUGCCAGCAUUAAGUCCCAGUUACAAGCCUCAGCCGAACAAAUCCAGCAGCAACAACUGCCCGUGCCCGCCCAGCAGCAGGUGGUCUUUGUGCGCCCCCAGCCACAGCCACAAGCCCAGCAGCCAGCACAGCCAUCCCCCCUCCAGCUGCAGCAAGGCGGUCCCCAAGCACCUGGGCCAACACCACACCCGCAGCAUCAACAGCAAUUAAUAAUUCAGCAGCAGAAGAUUAUCCCCGCCAAUUUGCAGCAGCAUCCACCAAAUCAGCAGCAGAUCAAAAACAUUAUACAGCAGAGGCAAUUGAAAAACACGCAGCAGCAGUCUCAGCAACAACAGCAAAUUCAAAUGAUUCAGCAGCAGCAACAGCAACAGCUCAUGCAACAGGAGCAACCACAGCACUCCCAGCCACUUCCACAGCAGCACCCUCAACCUCUUCCACAGCAGCAUCCUCAGCCGCUUGCCCAGCAGCACCCACAGCAACAUCCACAGCAGCUUCAGCAACAGCAGUCGCCCAGACUGCCAACAACUCCAACGGGUCGACAGACACCACGGACUCCGUCCACAACGCCACAGCCCGUGCAAUCCCCCCAGCACCAUCAGCAGAUAGUGCAACAGCAACAGGUGGUCCAGCAACAAGUGGGUCAGCAGCAGGCGAUAGUGCAACAGCAGCAGAUUGUUCAGCAGCAAGUUGUUCAGCAACAGCAACCACAACAACCGCAACAACAAUCCGUACCCGUUUCACCGCAAAUCAUACACCAACAUCUAAUGCGACAGCAACAAAUUUUGAACCAGAAUCAAAUGCAACUUCAGCAAAUCGUUCAAAGCGGACAAGCGCUGACCCCACAACAGCAACAGCAGCAGAGAAACAUACAGCAACAGCUACAACAAGUAAUGCAACAGCAACAACAAUUGCAGAUGCAAAUGCAGCAGCAACAACAGCAACAGAAUCUGCAGCAACAGCAGUCGCCACGGAUGGUACAAAACCGUUCACCGGUAAUGCCACCUAGUACGCCCUCGCCAUCGUUGCAGCAGCAACAACACCAUGCUACCAGCAAUAUGUUGCCACCGCAGUCACCGCGCCAACUGCAAUCGCCGGCUCCACAGAUGACCCCGCCACCUCCACCCUCGCCACAGAGCGCCCAGCAGCACCAUUUGCGCCAGCAGCAACAACAAAUGCAACAGAAUCGUCAGCAACACAUGAUGGGUUCGCCGCAGCAGCCACAGCCGCCCCCUAUGAUGUCCCCGCAGCAACAACAGCAAAUGCAACCCUUUCAACAGCCCGUUCAUCAACAGCAGCGCAUGCAAUUGCAGCAGCAACAACAAUUGGCCCAGCAACAACAGCAGCAACAGCAACAGAGUCCGCAGCACAUUUCUCCACAGUCGCCCCAGAUAUCGCAAACUCCUCCAAUGCAGGCAAAGCUGCAUCAGCACCAGGCUGUAGCAGGACAUGCCGUCCAGCCACAGCAGUCAUUCUCGCAACAGAAGCCUAUCGACCCAACGGAUCCUGUUCAAGUGGCUCAAGUACUCAGCCGUUCUGCCCUGAGCAGUAACCAGGACUCGUUAAUAAUGAGGCAGCAACAAUUAAAGCAACAACAGCAAUUGCAACAGCAACAACAAAUGGCACCGCAACCACAGCAGCAGACUAUGGCGCAGCAACCGCAACCGCAGCAACAACCACAACAGCAGCAUACCCCGUCACCACGGCAAUCACCACUGCAACAACAACCUACCACGCCGACCUUACAACAGCAGCCACAACAACAAAAUCCCCAACAAAUUCAGCAACAACAGCAGCAGCAGCAGGUCCUGACACAGCAACAGCCUCAGCCUGCACAACAACAACAGGUUAUCACCCAGCGACACGUUAUAAACACAUCCACGGCCCAAGGACAACAAAUCAUUCAAAACCAUAUGUCUUUGGCUCUGCAAAAGCAGCAGCAGAUGUUGCAGGUCCAACAGCAGACACAACAGCAACAACAGCCACAGCAGCAACAACAACAGCUACCUCAAGUGCAGCAGCUUCCCUCGGGUCAGCAGCAGCAGAUUCCUCAGCAGCAGCUUGCUCAGCAACAACUUCCACAACAGCAGCUUCCACAGCAGCACCCGCAACAGCAACAAGUACAAUUUACACAACAGCAGCAAAUCGCUCUUGGAGCUGGUGGUCAAGUGCGAAUAAUUCAGCAAACAAUUCAACGUCCACCAACAAACGUUCAACAGCAGCAACAGGUUCCACAACAACAGCAACAGAUUAUUGGUCAAUUUUCACAGCAACAGCAACUGCAACAACAACCUCAACAGCAACAAAUUCUUGGAGUUCAGCAGCCGCAACAACAGCCGCAGCAACAAAAAACCUUUAUUAUCAGUCAGCAGCACUUUAAUCAGCUCAGCGUUCAACAGCAACAGCAAAUUCUGGCGCAAAAUCCGCAAAGCCAAAACGUUUACGUGGUCAACCAGACGCAACAGCAACUUGUGCAGCAGCAACAAAUGUUGCAGCAACAGCAGCAGAUUAUACCACAGCAGCAACAACAGCAAAGGAUGCAAAUGCAGCAGCAGCCGCAACAGAUUGUUGUCAACCAGCAAAUUCUUAGCGAUCCGCAGCGCUUGCAGUACCUACAACAACAGCAGUUGAUGCAAAAACAACAGCAACAGCAGCAGCAGCAACAACAACAGCUUGUGGGACAGCAACAGCAGCAAAUCCUUAUACAACAACAGCAAGCUCCCCAGCAGCAGCAAAUUUUGCAACAGAAGCUUUCCAACGAUCCCCAACAGCAACAACAGCAACAAAUAAUGCAGCUUAUCACGCACCAACAACUACCGCAACGCACGCCACCCCCGCAGCAGCAGCAACAACAACAACAAUUGCUGCUCCAGCAACAACAGCAAUCUCCGCAACAACAUCCGCAAAUGCAGCCACAGCUUUGGUCGCCCCAGAGCCCUGCUGGUCAGGUUGCGCCCAGCACUCCCGGAACACCAACUAGCGUGGGGAUGCAGUCACCGUUGCCCUUGCCCGGCGGACCAACUACGCCUCAGCCUCAGACACAGCAGCAAUUUGUUCCACGUGGUCUGCGCCCGCAAACCUCUUGGCCCGGCCAGCCACAGCAGCAGCAGCAGCCGCAACCUCCUCAGCAGCAACAGCAGAUCGUGCUGCCGCCACCUCAACAACAACAACAGCAGCAGGUUGGCCAGCAACAACAUCUGGUAUUACAGCAGCCACAGCAACAGAAAAUUGUCUUGGAUGAGAAAACGCACUCGCACCUCAUGUCGUUGGAUGCUCUCAAGAGAGCAGAGUACAUCGCUAAGUUAAAUACGCAAAACAAACCACGUGUAAUGCUUCGGCAGCAGGUUGCCUACCAGCCACGACCCGGGGCACCGGGCAGCAUAGUCGCCACACGUCCCACCGGUCCAGUUCCGCCGGGGCACAUUAUUGUCCAACAUCAAAUGCCACCUGGUUUAACACAGCAGCAACAGGUGCUCUGGUUGCAGCAGCAGCAGGGCAAGCGACAGGUUGUGGUACGCGCUGGAACUCCUGGCCUGAGUCCGAUUCAGCAGCAGCCGGGAGUUGGAGCUCCGCAGCAGCAACAGUCGCCACAGCAACAGGCCUUUAACCCCAAUGAUCCCAACCAGCAAAUGCUAAUGCAGCGCCAACAGUUGCGAGUUCAGCAGAUUCCCAUCCAGCAGCAAGGUCCGCAGCAGCUGGGUAAGCAAACGGUGCAGCUCAUGACUGCACCCAACGGUCAGCUAAUUGAGCAGCAGACAAUCGUCCAACAGCCGCAGCAACAGUCCACCCCGGGCACGCCCACCACUCCAGGCGCUGGGGGCGUUCUCUCCGGAAACCCCAACAUAAUGACACAAACGCUGGUCAUGACAUCAACAACUCCCGAUGGACAGCCGCAACAAACGCCGCAGCAAAUGAACCUGAAAACCAAGACGGCCCUGGCCAACAUGUUGAGCAAUCGGUUAGGAAACAAUGGAGCUCAGACCCCGCAGCAGCAACUCAUUCAACUGACCGAUGGGCAGCAACAACAGCAGCCCCAGCAGCAGCAGAUUGUGCAGCAGGUGGUGGUAACCGGAGCCAUACAGCAACAACAGCAACAGUUGCUACUACAACAACAGCAGCAGCAGCAACAACAACAACAAAUGGUGGUCCAACAGCAACUGGCGCCGCAGCAGCAUGUCGAGCCACCGUCGGCAGCUGGUGCCCUUAGAAUGAUGGGCCAGCAGCACAGCGCCUCUGCCGGAGUGCCUGGACCUCCGCGAACCCAACAGGAUUUGAUAAUUCUACAGCAGCAACAACAGCAGCAGCAGCAACAACUGCUCCAGCAACAGCAAAUGCGCAGAGUUGUUACUCUUCCGCAGCAACAGCAGGCACCGCAGCAGCAUCUGGUUCAACAGCAGAUAGUUGUGGCUCCGCCACAGUCGCCGCAACAGCAGCAACAGAUGGCUGUGGGUGUGGGCGUAGGUGUGCCAGUGCAGCGGACACCUCACGGAUACAUACAGGCCCGUCCCGGACAGCCGCCGAUACCGAUGCCGCAGUUCUACGGUCACAAUCCCAACCUAAAGCUGCCGGCUGAUCUCUUCCUGGUGGGCUGCACGUUCUUCAUCGUGGAAUACGACGAAACAGACGGUGAUGAGCUUCCCAUCUGGCUAGAUACGAUCAGGCAGUUUGGUGGCGACAUCGAGCGAGUCUACUGCCCCCGCGUGACCCACGUUAUUUGUCGCACUCAGCGGCACGGUGUGGUGAUGCAGGCGUUACGGGAUGCCAAACGCUGUGUGACAGCCUACUGGCUGAGUGAUAUUUGCUUGAAGCGGCAACUGAUGCCCCCAUGGCAACCACUUCACUUGCCUUUCCCCAGCCAGUUUGGCUAUCGCAAGCCGUUGGAGCGGUACAUAAUCACCUCUGAAGGAUUUGAAGGCGAGGAGGUGGUCCGGCUGCAGCAGAUGGCCGAGGAGUGCGGAGCCAUCUACACCUCCUAUCUGUCCAAAGUGAACACGGUGGUCGUGUGCAAGCAGCUCGAGGGCAACAAGUUCAAUGCGGCCAAGGAGUGGAACAUCCCGAUGGUCAAUGCCCUUUGGCUGAGCGACGUCUGCAUCGGCAAUCUUAGUGGCCUCUCGCAAUACGACAAUCCCAAGUACCAGCAGUACAAUCUGGUUUCUCCCUUCCGCAUCGAAUGCAAUUUGGUGGCCCAUCUGCUAACUGCUUGGAAGGCGCCAAUCAAUCUUACGCAGGAGGCGCACGAGCGGGUCAAGCGUCAUUUGUCCGAUCCCUAUGGCAACGAGCACAAACUUAAGCGCCAGAAGAUGAACUCAUUCCAACAGGAGCAGCUGCCAGAGCAAAUUGUGUGCCUGGAAUAUCCCACAACCACCAAGCCACCGAAGGUUAUUUUCUCCCAGGUCGCAGAUGCCGAGGCACUUAAAAAGGCAGUGUUGAUUUUGGGUGGAAUUGUGGUGGACAGCCCCGCAGAUGCCACUCACCUGGUCAUGACACGCGAGAGUCGUACCUGCAAACUGAUUCAGGCCUGCUGCCAUGUGGACUAUGUGCUCAAGUCGAGCUGGAUUGCGGAUAGUGCCAAAGCUGGUAAAUUUGUACCUACCGAUUCAUAUCGCAUCCAGCACAUACCGGUGGACGAGAACCUGCAGUUCAAUCUGAACACUGUGCUUUGCGCACCCACUCGUUCCACGCUUUUUGCGGGAAAAUACUUUUACGUGACGCCGGACGUUUUCCCUGCGCGCGAGGAAAUAAUCCGAAUGAUUGAAUCGUCCGGGGGCAAAGUGGAGCCAAAGCGGAGAAGUGGUGCAGCAGUGGCGGAAACACAUAUUCAGGCGCCCGACUCCUACUUCAUUGUGACCUGUCCCACAGACAUGCAUCUCUGCGCCGAUCUCACGCGUCAUGGCAACCCAAAGUGCCACAUUGUGUCCACGGAGUUCGUCAUGAGCUCGAUACUCAGGCAGCAGCUGGAGAUCGAGCCCAACCUGAUACCCUACUUGUAUAACAACAACAACAUCAAUAGCUGCAACAGUAACAAGUCCUAGCGCCGAGUGUUCUGGUUAUUGUAGACCCGCGAUAUGGUCUCAGACUUACUGUAUAGUCACAAAUGAAUUUAUGCGAGCUGUUAUAUAAGUAAGUAAGAGUAAGGCAAUGAGAAAACGGAGCUGCUUUAAAGAAAAUAAUAUAGCCUGCAAAUUCUUAUGAUAUACCAACACGAAACUAGUCCACAGAAUUCGUCAAUUCAUAAAGGCUUUGCUAGAGCCGUAGAGAUUUUAGGGUCUUGGGCACAUAGGCAUAUCGGUCAUCGUAAACGUAAUGCAUCCCUAGAUAUUAAGAUUAUUUUCGUCUACUAUUUUCCUAUCCUUUGCGUUGUAAAUAUUUUUAAGAGAAUUAUCUUCUCGUUUAUUAAUAUGCUAAUAAAUAGAUUAUAUGUUCAAAUAAUUUUAGUUGACUUUUUGACGACUACUACUUUUUUUCAAAUUCAUUUUUUAAAAAUUUUUGAACGGCCCUUAUCGUUUUGGAAAUUAUUUUUUAAGAGCUCGACCGAUAUGUUUAGAUAUAUAACGUAGCACAUAACAAAGAACUACCUUAAUUAGUGUUAGGAUAAAAGAUGCAACAAUCAUUUUAUAUAUUUUUAUAGGUUCAGGAACCUUUAGCUUUAGGAAGUCACACAAAUAUACACAUAUAUUUCCUAGAGUAUACGAAACGUUUCACAGAAAUUGAUAUUGUCGGCUAUUAGUAUGUUAAGUACUUUUCAAAUAGGUAAAGCCAAUAUUUUCCGAAUUAAUAUUAAUACUAGUUAGGCAUUGUACGAAAUGUAUGAAAAAUAAAAUAAUGUUAACUCAAAA